UCUCUUCAACCUCCCUUCGCUACAACCGACCUCUCUCUAUCUCUCUCUCCCUCUCUCUCUCUCUCUCUCUCUCUCUCUCAGGGAGAUAUGGACACAUACAGAUGAAGUAUCAUUAAAUGCUCUGUUACAUAAUCUCUCUCUCCAAGAACAUGGAGAAAAUAAUUUUCAGAAGAAGAUAUAUACUACUGAUUUAAGCCAUGAAGAGUUAAGAGAGAUGCUUCUGAGUUUUCGUCAGCAGAAGAAUCAAGAGAUCAUCAUCAUCAUCAUCACCAUCACAUCUGCUCCUUUCAUGUCUGUAAGAAGACCGAUAAAAGUCGAUUUUCAACUUCAUUAGCAUCAUCAUCAUCAUCAUCAUCAAACUAUGCAAGGUCAUCAUCCCCAUCAUCAUCAGUUGUCGGCGUCAACCUCAUCUUCACAUGGAAACUUCAUUUUUUGCAGGAACAAAGACGAUGGGUCGUAUGAACUCGGAGAUAUGGACCCGACUUCUCUUUUCCUCUAUCUUGAUGCUCAAGGACAUCAAGAUCCUUCUUCAACUGCUCCUGAUCACAGGCAUCAUAACUUGGCCAUGAGACCUCCCACAUCGACGUUGAACAUCUUCCCGUCUCAGCCUAUGCACGUAGAGCCACCGGCGUCGUCAUCGGCCAAGAGUGAAUCGAGAUUGGUUUUGGCUGAACCAAGAUGCUCGAACCGUCCAUCGGAACCGACCAUGCAAUUGACCAACCCGGCAAAUGCACCUCCUUUCCAACCUGAACCAUCCAAAUCCAUCAAGAAGGAAGUUAAUCUCAAGGGUCAUGCACCAUCACACCAAGAAAGACCCAAAACACCGGACACUAAGACACUGAGAAGACUGGCACAGAAUAGAGAAGCAGCAAGAAAAAGCAGACUAAGGAAAAAGGCUUAUGUUCAGCAACUCGAGUCAUGUAGGAUUAAACUGACCCAAUUAGAACAGGAAAUACAAAGAGCCAGAGCUCAAGGUGUAUUCUUUGGAGGAACUCUUACGGGAGGAGACCAACAAGGCCUCCACAUUGGCCCUGGCAAUAUCAGCUCCGCGGAGGCGGCGGUGUUCGAUAUGGAGUACGGGCGGUGGCUGGAGGAGCAACAAAGGCUGUUGUCGGAGCUCCGGGCGGCGGUGGAAGAGCAGUUGCCGGAGAACGAACUGAGAAUGUUCGUGGACAAUGUUUUGGGUCACUACGACCAAAUCGUAAACCUAAAGGCGAUGGUGGCUAAGUCCGACGUCUUCCACCUCGUCUCCGGCGCCUGGAAAUCUCCCGCCGAGCGUUGCUUCAUGUGGUUGGGCGGUUUCCGACCAUCCGAGAUCAUUAAGGUGGUAGUGAACAGAAUAGAGCCGUUGACGGAGCAACAGAUAGUGGGGAUAUGCGGACUGCAGCAGUCGACACAUGAGGCCGAGGAGGCUUUGUCUCAAGGCCUCGAGGCAUUGAAUCAGUCACUGUCCGACACCAUUGCCUCCGACUCUCUCUCGGCCUCCGCAGUCGCGGCCGAGGCUACGGCCACGGCCGCGGCGUUUCCUCCUCCUCCUCCUACCCCGAGCUACAUUUCCCAAAUGUCUCUCGCCCUCAACAAGCUCUCCGCCCUCGAGAACUUCGUUCUCCAGGCCGAUCACCUUAGGCACCAGACCGUACACCGGCUGCACCAGCUGUUGACGACCCACCAGGCGGCACGGAGCCUUCUAGCCAUUGCUGAUUACUUCCACCGCCUCCAAGCCCUCAGCUCCCUCUGGAUGGCCCGUCCUCGCCAAGACUGAUCGAUCCCGAAACUCGCAACCAAGAAAAUUAGUUUAAAAGAAAAAAAAACAUUUUGCUAGAUAGUAGUGUCUUUGAUUAUCUCUUAAUAUAUAUAUAUAUAUAUAUACACAUCUCUCCCUCGUGAAAAUGCUAUGUGUAUGGCAAAUGUCUUUGCCUUCUUCCGGUUAAUUUAGUUCUUUUCUGCUUAGAUGCAAAACA